CAGCAUCUUGUACCACACGUUACCAUGAACGACAUCCAUUUCUAAGUUUAAUUUAUGCGUUCUAUCUCAGCAAACUAGGUAUAAUUCCGGCUCGCCAACGGCAAACUGUAUUUCACCAGUCCAAGUACCUAUCAGCGUACACGAACGGUUUCUUCCCCUGGCCCCUACCCGAGAACUCGAUCAAGAUGGCAGAGGUCUUAGGCGCUGUAUCUGCGGCUACAGCUCUAGCUGAGCAGUGUGGGGAAGUCAUCAGAUGUGCAUGUGAUGUCUAUGCGAAGUACCAGAACCCAGAUGAAGUCAGAAGGCAGCUGGUACAGAUUCAACGACUAGCCGAUGUGUGCGAUCUUAUCAGCAAGAAUCGAGCACUCCAAACCGUUGCCAUGGAGUCAAAUCUGCUUGCUUGUGGAGUUUUUGUUAGCGAAUUUCAGGCGGUCCUGACCAAGGUCAAGAUUGGUGCUGCGGAUAGCAAAUGGGUAAAGUUGAGGAAGGCUUUUACUUCGGUUAUGAAGGAGAAAGAAGUGAAGGAUCUCUUUGCCAAUCUUGAAAGAGAGAAGAUGAACCUCUUGCUCUGUGUUGGUGAAAUAGACACCUCACUUCUGAGUUCAAUCGGUUACGACAUCGAUGAGUUGACACGAAGUGUCGAAGGGGUGGCAAUUACUGUCGAAGAAAUUGCUGAGGGAGUUCAGGCAAUACGCCUCACGACGGAAUUGUUGGAAGAAAGAAUGAUGUCCCCCCUUCCGACAGUGGUAAAAAUGACUGACAGGGAUUACUUUGAGGUUCCAAACAGGCGAGUCAGCUACUUCGUAGGACGUGAGGAUAUUCUCCAAAAAAUCGAAAAGGGAAUUUCAGUUGGAGCUGGACCGCAGGUAUUCGUUCUUCGUGGUCUUGGAGGUCAAGGCAAAACUCAGAUCGCGCUCGAACACUGCCGUCGAGAGCAGAAAAAGGGAGUCCGCGCUAUCUUCUGGGCCGAUGCCAGUUCCCAGGAGUCCGUCAAGAAGAGCUUUCUAACGAUAGCUGCAAAACUCAAAGGAUCUGACCAGCCCGCAACAGCAGAACUCGUAUCAUUCAUACUAGACACACUUCGAGAUUGGCCAGAGUCUUGGCUGAUGGUUUUUGAUAAUCACGACGACGUCAAGAGCUUUGAUAACCUUCAAGACUUCUUCCCAGAUUCUGAUAAGGGUUCAAUUAUCGUUACCACACGAAGCACGGCCGCGAGUUACCUUGCUAGCGACCUAGACUAUUUGGUUGAACUGGAUGGAUUGUCCGAAGCUGAGUCUCUGGACCUCUUAUGGAAGCAGUGCCGUCUGAAGCAAACGGCCGCAGAUCUGAUUCCUUCCAAAGACAUUGUCCGCCGGCUUGCCUUUCACCCACUUGCAAUCACCCAAGCCGGAUCAUAUAUCGGAAAGCAAAAGAUUCGUCUCAACCAGUUUAUGGAUCACUACAACAAAAGAAGGGACAAAAUUAUGAAGCACACACCACAGCUGUCCCAAUAUCGGCGCCAUCUUACCCAGGACGAGAAGGAGACUUCACUCAAUGUCUUUACGACUUGGGAGCUUUCCUUACAGCAGCUUCUCGAAACCUCAGAAUCUGGAAAGGAGAAAAAGGACUUACUGACUUUGUUAGCUUUCUUCGAUUGUAAAGACAUCUCAGAGCAACUGUUUAGCGCCUACAGCGAAAGAGCACAAGCUUGGCCUGCAAGUUACCACUGGCCGGUUGAAUGUCUCAAACCUUGUCUUGGAGACACAUUUCCGGACGGUCAAAUAAUGUCGGGAUUCAACCCGGACAACGUGGUUUUAGAUGGUGAAAUGCAGUGGGACGCUGAUAAUUUUGUGGAUAUCUUGAACGACCUUCUCGAAAUGUCGCUCGUUCAGUCUUGGUCACGAGCCGAAGACGAAUACUGCCACCUUUCUCUUCAUCCCUUGAUCAAAGACUGGAUUCGCCUUCGGAGUACCGACGAAGAGACUCUUCGUUAUGCACUAGUAUCAAGCUCGGUUCUCCGAGCCGUUCUCGAAGCUAGCCAAAAGCAAGGGCCUUUUAGCAUUCCUUUGCCUACCCAGCAAGUCCUGCUCUCACACAUCGACGCAUAUAAUGAAAAUCUCACUGUACUUCAAGAAAGAGGUUUAUUGAGGUUUAAUUCAUGGCACAAACAUGACCUUGAUUCCUGCGAUGAGAUCAUUGGAAAGUUUCUGCUCCAAUGCGGUCGCUAUUCUGACUACGAGAAAACUGCAAAGCGAUUAGUUGACUUCUCCACUACAGAUCUGGGAUCUGAGCUAGACAUAUCGGAGAACCUAAGAUGGUUGGGCAACCUAGGUGUCGCGUACGCUGCUCAAGGAAAGUUCCAGCUAGCCGAGGAAACAUGGCGCCAGAUUCUCGACCAAAGACAAACUUUACUGGGUUCGGAUCACGUCGAUACGCUUCGAAGUACCAGCGAAUUGGCAAUCAGCUUAUUCGAUCGGGGAGAGUUCGAAGAAGCGGAAAAGUUUGCGAUUGCAGCGUCCGAAGCUCAAGAACGGAUACUGGGUUUCGAGAGCCAGGAUACUUUGUGGAGUCUGAAUCUGCUUGGCAUGAUAUACAGGAAGCUCAAUAAGUAUGAAAAGUGUAGGGAAGUCCUCGAAAGAACACUCAAAGGGCGAGAAGAGUUGCUAGGACCGAAUGACUUAGAGACGCUCGAUACAGUAGAUCUUCUCGGGCUGCUGUUCAAAGACCUGGGAGACUUGGAGGCGGCGGAGAAGAUGAUGCGUCGCUCGUUUGUGGGGACGGAGGAAAUUCUCGGAAAGUACCAUCCGAUGACGCUGUUGAGCGUCAAUAACCUUGGGUUGGUGCUUCACUAUUUGGAUCGGCUGGACGAGGCAGAGGAAAUGAUGCGGCGUGCUGUGGAGGGAGGGACGAAGGCGCGAGGACGGGAGCACUAUGAGACACUUUUGAGUCUCUGGAAUCUGGCGAAGAUCCUUAGAGAUCAGAAGAAGUUUGAAGAGUCGCGUGUUCUCUGGAUAGAAGCUUGUGAGGGGUUCCAGAGAUCUCUUGGACCAGGGCACCAUCGAACAAUGGGGUGUUUGCAGCAGUAUGAUGAGUUGAUGGAAACUAUUGCUUCAAACAGAGCAGCCAGUACGCUGGAAGCAAGCGAAGAGCCUCAAGGGACUACAACUCCACUAAUCUGAGCCAGAGCAGACAUUGUGUCCAGCAUGCUGCGUUUGAUGCUUCGAGCUGUCGAUUAUGCCACCAUUGAAUCGGAUAAAUCCGGAUCUAGGAAUGCACUCUGCACGGCCAGCUUUCCUCAGAGUUAAACUCGAGUAAUUUCUGCUAGUUUGUCAGAUACGAUGUCAUGCUGACGCUCAUUUCUCGCAGAGUGGAUAUUUAUUUGCAGAAACGUUCCGCGAUCAAUGCGGUUCGUCAUUGUGGUCGCUCCUCGAUAAGACACGAAGGAUCCAGAGAUCUGAGCUGAAAUUACGGCGCUGGAUAACAAAGAAGAUGCUGAGGUAAGGGAGAACU